AUGCCGCCAACCCGCUUCCAGCCGAGUCAUCAGACACCGUUCAAGUCGACAAUCUCUACGUCUCAACAGUCACGCAUAUUUCAUUCACCCUUGCAAGCAGGCGCUACGGCCAACCCAGUCUCGAUUUCGAUCUCGGAUAUCGAUCCAUCAGAAUGGAAGUAUCAUGCGGAAGGCGGUAAGAACGUGCUUCUUUCGUUCGACCCUGUCGGGGGCAUUCAAGCCGGUAAGAGCCCCUUUGCGACUUUGACAUGCACGUACGCUUUGCGCAUUCCCAAGAGUCUCCCGUCCAAGUCAGAGUCGAAUCAAGAAGACGAGCAAGAAGCAGAACAGUUUACUCGACAUGUCGUGCAACCUCUUCUGGGAGAUGCUACGGUCCUUCCCAAAUGCAUGCGGAUCCCCAUCGUAACAGCUAGAGACAGGCAUGUGAUCGAUAUGCUCUCAGCACGCAUCGAGAUGCAACGUCCUGCUGCUCGUCGUACACACCCAGCUCGGAUUCGGUCUGAAGCAUUGUCCUACAUCUACGCUGUAGAGGACGUCGCUGCACCCGUCUCUGUGUCUCCUUCUGCGCAGAGAGCGGUGCUUUGUGUAGAGAUCAAGCCGAAAUGGGGCUUUCUAGCGCGCAUCGACUCGAUACCUCCCAGCUCUCCAAAUGUCGAGAUCAAAGCGAGGUACUCGCGCUAUCGCAUGCACCGAGUGGCGAAGCAUGCAGCUGCCGACCACGCCGGCCAGAUGUCGAUCGAGCAAUUCGAACGUCUCUACGAUCCAGUCGACCUCUACAGUUGCGACUCGGAGAGGAAGCAGAAAGCCAUCAAAGCGCUGUGGGACGACUGGAUCGAUACCAAGGGCAAGACGAACAAUCUGCGCUUGUUUUGGAACGGCGCUGUUGUGGAUCCUCAGGACAGCGUGACACUCGAGGCUAUAGCUCAAUUCUUGGGUACAGACAAUUCGGUACAAGGUAGGCUAAAGGGAGCGUUGACGCAACAUCUAGAUAAAGAGCUGUCCAAGCGCGUGCUUGGCGAGAACGACGAGUGGUCGACAGUGAGUGUCCUCUCCCGCCUAGCUCACCUGCAAUCAGCGCUUGACCCACUCGACGUUGAAGGUCUUGCACAUCUCUGGCUUCGGCGCACUCAAUCGCACGUCCUUGGCCAAGCUUCAUCCGACGUCGACCUCCCUCCUGCGCUCACCCGCAACCUCGCUGCUGCUCAACUUGCAGCCAUGCUCGAUUCCUUCCUGUCGGGCACUACUGCCGAGGUAAGCCUCGAAGACGCAGUGCAGGCAUUCCUCGUCUCGGCCUCAUUCAAAGACUGCUCGAUGCUGCUCCGCUUCCAUCAGACCGAGAGCGGUGUGCAAGGCGAGACGAAACUGGUCGAUCUAGACAGCAAGCCGUUUGCCAAGCUGAGCUCAAUGCAGCAGACCGACAGCGAGGUGUGUGCGGCAUUCCUUGCAUGGUUGUCGCAACUGGAUCGUUCGCCAGCUGCCUCUGUUGCUCCUUGA